UGGACACACAGGUGAGUCUUUUCCCUGCUCUGCAGAGCUCAUGGUCAACAGGACAGCAACUAUUCACUCACAACUCUCUCUCAGCCAUCCAGAAACUUCCAGAUCAAGCAGCCGCACCAGUCUGCCAAGUUAAAGCCAGAUAAUAUGACUAAAGGAGGAAAGAGAUAUGCAAAUAUGGAUCAGGAUGGCAAAUGGUUUGCCCAUGUUGGUUCGCAGCAGUAUGAAGUAACACGACAAGCCUGUACCACCACUGGAGCCAUGCUAUCCCAGGCCAGACCACAACACAUGCAAGGACAUGAGAAAUAUCCCAAAACCUUUAACAACCAUGAAAAGAACACAAGGAGCAGGAGAUAUCCAUUUUCAGAGCAUGACAACCGAGGUUCCUUGCAAGACAGUAUAGAUACAUAUGGCCAUGGUUUGGGUCGUAAGAAGUGUCUGGAUGACCGCCGGGAGCAUAACUCUCAUUUCUGCCUUUGCCAUGAUGCCAGUGUUAGUGAAGCAUGGCUGGGGAGCAGAAAUCAUUCAGCUUAUCAGACUGACUUCUUGCCCAGGCAGAACACAGAGAGCACAGGAGGCACACACAGACGCCGUUUUCCCAGGAACCAUCUGGAGAAGUCACAUCAGGCUGCUGUGGCCCAGGCUGAGGAGGGCUACAUGUGGUUUGGAAGGCAUGAUAUGAAUCAGCAUAUACCUCUUAAUGUACUGGCAGCAACCAACCACUCCUCAGCCUCAUAACUGACAUAAUCCAGGCACAAAAGAACACAUUAAA